GGAAGGAAGGUCGAGUGCACCACGUGGUGAGAGAAGCCCUCACUGUGAUAUUCAUGUUUUCACUUCUGUCCGGAUCAAGUCGAGACUUUCAAGUCCAAACUUCACAGAGCCUCGAUCUCCACAUCAGACUUUCAAUGACAGGAGCCAAGUGGGGCCUUAGCACCGCAGGGCUGAGUUCUUACCAGCAAAGUUUGGUUCAUUCCACUCCAUUCAACGACUUCGGGAGGUAAUCCUUCCGAUUCGUGCAACCUCAAAGCUGAGGUAAUAAUACAUUCAAGAGAAUGAAAGAAAUACACCCCACCCCAGGCCUCUAUUAAAAGAUCGCGCCUGUUCCCUCUCCUGUUGUGUUGUGGAGUCGUAGCUUCACUACAGAGACCUCCCUAGUGGCUAUGAUAAAUGAUGCAGACUGGCACUAUUUCCAAGCUGCGCCAGACGCGGGGAAAGAGAUCGAAAACAGGAUGUCGAACCUGCCGGUAAGGACGAGAUGAACCAAUUGUUGUUUGUAAGGACUUGCAGCCCUGACUCAAUUGCAAUACUGUAUAGAGCUCGGCAUGUAAAAUGCGAUGAGGCCCCUGGCGCAUGCAAGAAUUGCACGUCAACCGGUCGCAGUUGCGAAGGAUACGAUAUGCACCGUUUGCCUGACACAAAACCCUUCAAAUACUUGCCAGACGUGGCCAGUCAUAUGCAUCGGGCGAUGAACGCUGAUGAAAGACGAUGCUUUUCCUACUUUCGGUAUCAUACUAUCUCUGACUUUGUUGCAUUCUUUGACUGGCAGCUCUGGCAACGACUAGUCCUGCAGAUGGUGCAUGCCGAGCCGGCCGUCUAUCACGCUGUCAAUAUGCUGGCUGCUAUCCACGAGGACUCGGUGGACAACGACAUGCGACUAACUGGAUUAUCCCUUGGUCGGCCUCGACAUCGUUUCGCUUUGGAACAGUCCGCACGAUCUCUGGCGCUUCUGAAUAAACGUCACUGCUCCCACGACCCUGAAUUACAACAAGUGACGUUGAUGUGUUGCUUGCUUUUUACACUGUCCGAGUUUCUACUAGGACAGUACUCUAGGGCCUUCCUACAUCUGCAGAGCGGCAUUCGCAUCUUGAACGAGACGCACGGCCAACGGUCAGUGGUGUGUAGCAGUAGAAAUCGUGAUCUAAUAGAAGCUUUCCGACGAUUAGAUAUCAUGGGCUCGCAUUACGGCAUAGGACCACUCAUGACCAGCAACACGGAGCUAGAGGGCCAGGAACUCUGGCAGGGCGACCUCCCGAUGUUCAAUAACCUCGAAGAAGCACUACAGGUUCUGAGGCGUCUAAUGGCCAUCGAGGUGCCCUGGGUAACCAAGUGCUGGGCACUUACCGACGCCGAAAUCGAGGCCAGGUCUGACCAAUUGGAUCAGAAACAACAGGAGAUCCUGUCUCGUUUUGCCGAAUUUGCCCUGAAUCUCGAAACAUUUUGCCAAUAUUCAUACGACACGCUCAGCUUCAAGGAGCAGCGCGGAGCAGAUCUCCUCCGAUUGCAACACCUCUCCCAAAGCCUGACGGUCAAGAUCUGUCUCACCCACGGACCGGUUCCGGAUGCCCUCACCCCGGAAUUUGAGAGCCUUCUCGCUGCCCACGAAGCUUUUAUAACAAAGUUGCCGGAGCGGCCGACGAUCUUCUUGGAUAUUGGCAUCAUCUCCGGCCUAUAUUGCGUGUCGAAUCGAUGCCCGGACUACCGCGUGCGGUUCCGCGCUAUCAAAGCCUUGCAGUCAUGGCCACACUUCCAGGGCAUGAUGAAUUCCAAUCUGGUUUCUGCGAUUGCUAUCGUGAGAAUGCAAUCUGAUUUACAUACGAACUCCCAGAAUGCACAUCUGCGCCUAGAGACGCAGCAAGAACUGGCGCGGUUCUUGUUCGCGACAUUGACAUCCACACAACAAGCGGUGGAGUGGCCGUCACUCCGAUAUGGUAAGGCCUUGCAGGGUAGCCAGUAUGGUUAAAAAUCGAGGAAUCACAACUUAGUCGCUCGUUUGACGACCAGCAAUCAUAUGAUUACCGCUGAGCGAAUACCCUGUUUUUGUUCCUCUGUUCCUGUCCCAAGGAAAUCAAUUUCUCUGAAUCGACCAAGGUAUACAUACCAGCCGUCGGCAUUCUCCGAUGAGUAGCGGCAGAGUUGGGGCAGGGUUUCAUACUCGGCCCCAUCUCUCAACAAUUUGUGAUUCAAUCUCUCUCAUGGGCCCCUUUGCUUCAGGGGUUCAUGACAGAUUCAGGAGAGCUUCCGAGCUGUCCGUUAGGGUCCUUCCUGAUCUUCUUUAGGGAACUGAAGAAGUAGAUUGAAAGGAAACAAUCACGGUCUACUUGGCCCGCGGCGGAGAUCCUCGGCGAAGGCCAGUGACACCCGUUUAAGCUUAUGUGAUGUGAAAGUUUUCAUGCAGAUAUAGCCCUGGAUUCUGGUGGGACACCACGACUUUGCUGGGGUUAGAUUGUGAAGACGGGAAGAGGGUUCCUCCCACGAAGACAAGUUGUGUUCUUUCGAUGCACUUUCUACAUGGUUAUUCAACCCUAAGCGUAAUAGACGAGGAAGGAUUAAUAUGUACAUGAAAU